ACACACACACACACACACACACAUAAGCACUCUCACAUGUUCACACGCUCACACACAGAACACUCAUGCACGCUUAGUGAGGCGGGAAUACCAAGUCGGUAAUUCUGUGCUGUACUACCUCUCUCGUUCUGGCGGCAGUUACAAAGUGUGAGUCUAACCAUAUACUCAUACGGUGAUUAAGUGUGCUCGUAGUGAACUCAUAAACAUACACACGUGCGUCAGCUUCAAACAGCUUUCGUAUACUUGGACAUGACAUCAGAUUCUUGAGCUUGGACGGUUCUGCAUCCCCUAUCAGCCCUCAAUACAGAUGUGGCCCUCACGCCGGCACACCAAUGCAGGGGCGCCUCUCGUGAGCCUCCUGAUCGUGGUUCUGUUCGCCAACGUCACUCUGGCUAUCCUCCUCCCGUGGGAUAGCAGACCGACCAAGGUGAAGCAGAGGACUGACCUUAAGCCCCCAGCAGACCCGCCCACCUCCAGCAUUCGGCCUCCUGUCAGGGUCUACAGCAGGCCAGAAGCGCGGCGCCUCAGUGGCAGACUAGCACGGGGACGCGAUGUAAGAGUGGGCGCAGCCGGGAACACCAGAGGGCGAGGGCGUGGAAGGGGCAGAGAGCAGGCACGUGACGCCUUCGUGGACCCGCAGAUUGUACAUACGCCCCAGGUUGUCCCGCAGGCCCCAGCUGUUGCUCCACUGUGCCCGGAACCUCACGGCCUCUUCCCUUACCUCCACGACUGCGCCAAGUAUGUGACGUGCAGCUGGGGGAGGGGCGUGGUGAUGACCUGCGCUGUCGGCACUCUCUUCAAUCCCGAAAGUAGCCGCUGUGACUGGCCCAGCGCCGUCACCUGUUACUCGCCUCCCCCGCCUCCCGCACCCGCCUCGAGACCGCAGUUCAUCCCGCCAGGACACAGGAGGGACCCCCCAGGCCGUGGUGGGUCCCAAGGCAACAGUGGUGCUUGGGGACGCAACGCCAAUGUGGAGGGAAUUGUCGACAUUACUGUGGAACGCGGUGGGCCCCCAAAACAAGGCAGCAGCCCCCCAGGACAAGGCGGCGGCCCCCCAGGACACAGAGUUAUUCCCCCAGGACGAGGCGGUAGCCCCCCAGGACAAGGCGGCAGUCCCCCAGGACAAGGCGGUGGCCCCCCAGGACACAGAGUUAGCCCCCCAGGACAAGGCGGCAGCCCCCCAGGACAAAGGAUCAGCCCUCCAGGACAAGGUGGCAGCCACCCGGGGAAAGGAAGAGGAUUGAUAACAUCCCUGGCUGGAACAGGAAAGGAGUUAGUGAUAUCCAAGUGGAGGUCAGUGGUCGGCCGGGUGAGCAGUGUCGUGAACGGCGUCGGUGCUGUUCUCAAGCAGACCUACAAGAAUAUAAAGGCCAAGGGGAAGAAAUUCUCCAAGAAGGUUGGACUCUCAGACCUGUCCGGCCUCUGUCUGCGACCCAACGGCCUCUUUCCCUAUCCAAAGGAAUGCUCUAAGUUCGUGAACUGCGAUCGACGGCAGCCGCACCUGAUGGACUGCGCUCCCGGUACCUUGUUUCACGCCGCCAAGGGAAUUUGUGACUUCGCCGCCAAGACAGUGUGUGCCAAGACCAAGAGGUCCUUCAGAGAUGAAGACAGUGAGAGCGUGAAGUACGUAAUUCCUCCUUCCUCGGGACAGAAAAUUCGUCUGAGAGGAACUACUAUGCCCUGGGCUGGUUACGUGCAGGUGAGCGAUGGGCCGGGUAGGUGGGAUCUGGUGGCGGACGAGGAGCAAGGCUGGACGCAGGAAGAGGCCUCAGUGGUGUGCCGGAGUCUUGGCUUUACUAGGGGCGCCGAGACAGCCUCACAAGGGGCGGUGUUCGGGCUGCUGCCGGGGCCAAACGCGGCGGUGAAGGCAGUACAGUGCGAGGGACACGAGGAGAGCCUUCCGGAGUGCCAGCUGACAUUGGGUACCAGGGAAGACUUGGAGAGGACUGUUGUAGGCGUGCAGUGCGUGAGAAACUGGGUAUCGGAGUGCGAGGUGGGCGGCGUGCGUUGGGGUGACAAGUGUUACUACGUGGACGCCUCCUCCACGCCCACCACCCACGCCCACGCCCGCGACAUGUGUUCCUCUAAGGGCGCCAGACUCCUCUCCAUCACUUCCCAGGCUGAGAGUGACUUCGUGUCCGACAUGUUGUCCUCGAUGGCUGGGGACACACCGGGCUUCCACACCGGCGCCGUGAGGACCCAAGUGUUCGAGCAGGUGUUCUGGAUGUGGCAGAACACCGACUCGCCGCCCUCCACCACGCUGCCCUUCGCCAAGUGGUGGCCAGGGUGGAACGUGACUGAAGAGAAUCAGGAGGCGGGCAGGGCAGCAGAGGUCAGCGGGAACGUGGUGGUGGCGGAAGAAACGGAGGGACAUAAGUGUGUAGUGCUCAAGGAAAACUUCCCCAUCAGUCCAGGGGAGGCGGAGGGGGGAGACGCUCCUGCUGAGUACUUCUUCUGGCAGCUGACUGACUGCAACGAGAAACUCCACUUCGUGUGCGAGACGGAAAAGUUGGACGUAGGCUGCGUAGUGGAGCGGGGCGUCAACUACACGGGGUCUGCCAGGGUGACGGUCAAGGGCGAGAAGUGUCAGGCCUGGAACCACUCAACCCUGCAGCGGAAAGUGAGGGACCUGUCGCCGCACAUCCCCUUAGUGGAGAACUACUGCGCUAACCCCGACGGCGAUGACGUGCCCUGGUGCUUCUCGUCCCAGGGAAUUGCUAGUGCGUGCGACAUCCCGAGGUGUGAGAGGCAGACGAUAGUGGAGGAAGAGUGUGGCCCAGACAAGUUCCGCUGCUCCUCUGGGGAAUGUGUGAACGGCGUGUGGUACUGUGACGGCCACGAGGACUGUGAGGAUGGGAGCGACGAGAGGGAGUGCCGGGACUACAGUGAUGGGUUCAGCAAGGCAGUGAACCAGCGCAUGAAGGGGCGCGAGGUGGAAAAAUGGCUCAACACACUCAAGACGACCUGUGCUGCCCGCUGUGUGCAGGCCAAGAACUUCGUCUGCAUGUCCUUCAACUACCACCAGUCCUCGGAGACGUGUGUUCUGAGUGACAGCACUGUGGGUCGGUCAGGCGGGUUGGUGCAGGAGGCUGGCUGGGAGUACUACGAGAUGCAGACUUACGCCAUGAACUGUGACUCCAGCUUCGUCUGUAGCGAUGGACAGUGUCUCAACUCCACCCAGCAAUGUGACGGGAGGAAGAACUGUAGGGAAGGGGAGGACGAGGACGGCUGCCAGAGCGAGAUCAACUUUGAAGUGCGCCUCGUCAACGGCUCGUCUCCCAGUGAGGGUCGCGUUGAGGUCAGAGCCUUCGGUCAGUGGGGCGCCGUGUGUGACGAUAUGUGGAGUUUGCUGGAGGGGGACGUGGUAUGUCAGUCCUUAGGCUUCCACCGCGGCGCCAAGGAGGUGCUCAUAGACUCACACUUUGGCUCCGGCGGUCUGCAAUACCUGAUGGACGACCUCAACUGCAAGGGCAUGGAGUCGUCGCUGGCUGAGUGUGACUUCGCUGGCUGGGGAGAGCACGACUGUGUUAUUUCCAAGGAGACGGCAGGUGUGAGGUGCUUCACGGACGAGGACGAGUGCAAGCAACAGCAGUGGCAGUGCAAGAACGGCAGGUGUGUGGAGAUCACCUACCUGUGUGACACUGUGGAUGACUGCCGCGACGACUCCGACGAGGACAGGACCAUGUGCGAGUCACCGGUAAAGGUUCGGCUGGUGGGGGACGAGGAGUCAGGGCGCAGUGUCUCCAGUAACCUGAUAGAGGACGAUAAGGAGAGGACUGAGUUUUCAGGGCGCGUGGAGGUCCGCUACAUGGGGAUGUGGGGUUCUGUGUGCGACGACGACUUCGGUCUGGAGGAAGGACACGUGUUGUGCCGCAUGAUGGGCAUGUCACGCGCCACACACGUCUACAAGAACAACACGUACGGCCCGGGCUCAGGUUUGAUUUGGCUGGACGACCUUCGCUGCCUGGGCUAUGAGUUAUCAGUGGAGGACUGUCAGCACAUGCCCUGGGGGGAGAACAACUGCGAGCACACAGAGGACGUGGGUCUGCGCUGCGUCAGGGACGAGGACGCUGCUUCCUCGCCCUCGUCAGUUCCCAUCCCAGAUGAGGACGCAUCGCCGGGCACAACCCCAACCACCCUGCUACCGGCCACGUGCGGGCGGCGCCUGGUGGAGGACAGGCCCGCAGCGCCCAUCAUGGAGAGCCCCAAGAUCGUGGACGGCCACACGCCCCCGCCCGGCGCCCACCCCUGGAUGGUGGCGAUCCUUGUGCACACCAAGACGGGACCCAAGCAAAACUGUGGGGGCGCCGUGCUGAGUGAGGACCUGGUGAUCACGGCUGCCCACUGUGUCAGCAAGUACCCGCCCAUCACGUAUCUCCUGCGUAUUGGUGACUUCAAUGUAGAGGAGGAAGAAGAGGGUCAGCAGGAGUUCCGCAUCUCCUCCAUCGCCAUCCACCCGCAGUUUGACAAGGGGCCUUACCUCAACAACGACGUGGCGCUAAUCAGGGUGCAAAGGAAGAACGGCAAGGGAAUACAGUUUGGUCAGAACGUGCAGCCUCUGUGCCUGGUCCCCUCCCGCUGGAACUACCCGUCUUACCUGAAUUGCACGGUGGCCGGCUGGGGCAGUCUGGGAUUCUCUCUUGGAUACUCAAAGGUCCUCCAAUCGGCGUUGCUGCCCAUCCUGCCCCGGUCCACGUGCCAGGCAGACUACGUGUACGGCCCGGUGAGGCUGACGGCGGGCAUGUACUGCGCUGGCUACCUGGAGGGAGGCGUAGAUACCUGUCAGGGGGACUCCGGGGGGCCCAUGGUCUGCCUCAUCGAAGGUCGUCACACCAUCGUCGGCAUUACCAGCUGGGGCCACGGGUGCGCCAGACCCAACAAACCCGGAGUGUACACCAAGCUGACGCAUUAUCUUUCGUGGCUCUACUCCAGUCUGGGAUAAUGCUUAUUUCUCACAAGCCUCUUCCAUCUUCUUGUGUGUUCCUCCGCUUCUCUUACUCGUGGAGUCUUUCAGUUAAUAAAUGUGGUCUAAAUGGAGCCCUGUUAUCAUUAGCUUCAAUGAUUGGUUUUUCUAAGCCCUAAGGAUCAAUUAACACACACACACACACACACACACACACACACACACACACACACACACACUCACACACAAUUUAACUUUUCGUUUCGGUUAAUGAUUUACAGUUAUAGUGUCUGUUAUAUUUCACUGGCAUUUAAUCAUGCCACUCUAUUCAACGAUAUUUACUAUUCAUUAUCGUGAUUUACGUUUGUGCAAGACAACAUUAAUAGCAGAAGCGUCAGUGAGUGGUUUGUGAGGCGCGCACCUGCACCUGUAAAAGACAACUGCCUAUUCGGCUCAGACACACCACUGUGAUUGGAAGGUUGAAAGCCCACCAUCUCUGUAAGGAUAAGAAAAUAAUGAUAAAUAAGUAUAAUCAUGCAUCCUUGAUUCAAAAAUUAAAAGUUAUAUGUGCGUGCUCCAGGCGUUGCAAAAGACUGGUUGAAGGCGGAUGUGAAAGGAAUUUUUUUUAAUUUUUUCUUUUCUUUUCAUGUAAUACAUUAUAAAUUUAACGAAAAAAUUCACUGACAAUAUUUUUCUUGUAAAAUACAGAGAAAGUAUAUUUAAUCUGGUGAUCAUUAAUGCACAAAUCUAACUGUUUAAUUCGGCCAAACCGAACUGGAGGAAAGCUAGUUAGAAAUCUAGAGCACGUGUUGGGGGAGAGCGGCGCGGCGUACUUACUUGUUUUGUGCUUGACUGUGCUUCCGUGAGUGUCUCGGAAUCAGUGUGUGGUGUAUAAUGUUCCUGAAUAUCUGAAGAUGGAGCUGCACUUCACGUGACGAGGCGGAGAGACCAGAUAACGGGUACUUCCUGGGGAAGAAGUAGAUGUGCAAACGCAAACAAGUCUUGGUGCGGCAGCUGCGUUACGUGGCUGUUUCCGUCGUUGUUUGGGAAAGUGACUCAGCUUGGGGGAGCCACGCACGUCAGCGACCCCUCACCAGGUAUAAAAGAAGGUGAUGGGGGCCUCACACAACAGAAGGCUUUUGAAUUCUCGCGGUUACAUCAUGAAGAUUUCUCUUCUGCUGACGGUGGUGUUGUCCUGCAUGGUAGUGGUCCUCGCCAUGCCAGACCCAUCUGCUCUCGCUGAGGCCCAUCCUGAAGCUCUGCCCAACCCCUCACCUGACCCCUGUGGCUGGGGAGGCUGCGGCGGCUGGGGUGGCUGGGGUCAUGGCCAUCAUCACCAUGGCCACCACCAUCAUCAUCACGGCCACCACCAUCACGGGCAUUACUGGGGAUAAUUAGCUGAACAUUCAUGCCUUGCCAGAAAAUCAUUCUAAAAAUGCUGGAGGAGAGAAUAAAAAUCAAGCAAACUAUGAAAAGGAUUCCAGAUCGGCAAUUGUGGAGUCAAGGAAAAGCUCACCAACUAUUGUGCAAAAACUGUGAGACACAUUUUUUUUUAGAAUAAAUAGAAAAUGCAA